AUGUCGUCCCCCGCUACAACGCGCCCAACCCCCCCGACGGGGGAAACUCCCGCGGAGGAGCCUCUUCCCUCACCCUAUACUCCUGAUCGGGAGGCCAAGGGUGCUCAUAAACAAGAUCCAACUGCCUUUUCACCCUCUCGUGCUCUUCUCCAAAACAACCCCUCAGCGCGCAAUCCCUUCCUUCCUCAAAAGAACUUCCGCACUGGAAAGUGGAUCAGUCCGCGAUUUGGGCUACGGCAGCAGGCAGACCUGGUGAAGCUGGCCAUCAGAUACAACGUUGAGCCACUCUUGCCCCUGGGUCGCAAGUCAACCGAGUUUAAGGCAACGCGGCUGGCCGAGCGUGGCCUGCGCAUCAAGGGUACUGGUAUUGGACAGAAGGUCAAGGGUCACAAGUGGGAGCGGACGAUGGAGACAAGACUCGAGGAUCGUCGCAAGGCUAUGAUGGAGAUGCCGGAAAUGAUUCGGUUGUGGAAGCAGAGAGGUCAUGGCCGCGGCUGGCAAAGGUGGCCCAAGCGGUAA